AUGGGUCGUCGCCAAUUUGAUGAAAGCAUGAGGCCCUUUCCUUCGACACUAGCAUCUUUAUCACCGCCUUACACCCCAAACAAUGGCACACUAACACCAACUGUCGCUCACUCUGAGUCUGGGGCAGAUGUUGAGCUUCAGCCAUAUACAGGAGGGGACAGGGAUCUAGAGGUGCAUCCACAGGCGCCUGAGGGACCCGAACGACCACGCCAUGUCUUCUCAAAGCACAGAAAGUGGAUGACUGUGUACAUAGUCUCUGUAGGUGGAGCGUUUUCCGCCUUGUCAUCCAACAUUUACUUCCCAGCAAUCGAUACAAUAUCCAAAGACCUUGGUGUCAGCGCCACAGACGUUGGUUUCACUAUUACAGUGUAUAUGAUUGUUCAAGGAAUUGCUCCCUCACUGUAUGGCUCCAUCUCAGACUUGCGUGGUCGUCGUAUUGCAUUCGUUAUCGCCCUAGUAGUCUACCUCGCCGCAAAUGUGUCGCUAGCUUUCACAUCCAACCUGGCCAUGCUUGUAGUCUUACGAGGAUUGCAGGCCGCUGGAUCGGCUGCGACGAUUAGCAUCAGCACUGGUGUGAUUGCCGAUAUAGCAGAACCCGAUGAGAGAGCAGGUUUCAUGGGAACCAAUGCCGGAAUAAGAAUGAUAGGCCAGGCUAUAGGUCCUGUUAUUGGUGGACUGUUGAAUAGUGCAUGGGGAUUCAGAAGCAUAUUCUGGUUCCUGUUUGUCUUUAGCGCUUUGGUCCUCCUGGGACUAUUGGUAUUUCUGCCAGAGACACAUCGAAGGAUAGCUGGUAACGGCUACGUUCCUCUCGGAGGCCUGUACAAACCCUGGUCCUACUACUUCAAACCACCCAAGGAAUGGCGUAAUGCACCCGUACCGCCAGCACCAGAGCUAGAGAAGCUUUCUUGGAGAACAAUGAUUGAGCCGUUGAGUUAUAUCCUGAGAAUGGAUAUACUAGUUCUCCUUUCCUGGGGUGCUCUUGUAUAUACCAUCUGGAGUAUGGUCACGUCCUCAACCACUCCAGUGCUACUCAAGACUUUCCCCGACCUUACACAAUGGCAGGUGGGCCUUUGCUUUCUUCCAAAUGGAAUAGGAUGUGUAUUUGGGUCAGUAUGCACUGGUCGCCUGAUGGAUCGAGCUUUCAAACGCGCCGAGACUCGAUAUAAAGAGGAGCAUGGACUCGCCGACGUUAAUGUCAAGUCCCUGCACGACUUCCCCUUGAACGUGCCCGAAUGUCACUGA